AUGGCCGACGAUCGAAUGCUACCUUAUCUGCCACCUGAACGGACGCAGGAGAUGUAUGAGAACCAGACUGACGCCGCACCGUCCGGGACGGGAAAGGCUGCAGAAGACCGGACGAGUUCUAUCGUUCUUGAAAACGUAGAAUCGCUCAUCUCGCUGGUCGAGGAGGAAGACUGGCCUGACUUUGGAUUUUUGAUGUUCCGCACCUACUAUUCCGAUGAGCCACUCUGGGAACGGUUCCUGGCUCGGUACGAGGCGAUCCUCGACGAAGGCAUAGAUGCUGCGCCGGCGGGCUCUGGGAUUGAGCGGAUUCGUGAUCGAGUUUUUCUCAAAUUUGUGUCGGAAGAAAGCAUGGCCGGGGAGCCGCCCGCAAGGGUGGCGUAUGCCUAUCGCCUCUGCACGGAAGAGAUGGACGACGAUGCUGAGGAGGACAAGCUGGAGCCGGGUCUCCACACACGGAUGUGCUUCAUGGUCGACGAAGAGUGUAUGCAUUCCGUCCUGGAUGCGAACCCAGGUGCUCCUGCGCCAUUUAUGAAGGCAGUUGAUGUCGCCCUGGGAGAGCAGCGCUUAUCGUACUCGGGGACGUUCAAGGUGGCAAUCGCUUCGCUGAUCACCAAGUUUUACCCGGCGCUGCUUGACUGUCACGACACCUCGGAUCUUGUACCCCUAACGGAGGAUGGAAUUUGGGGGGCGUGA